ACGUAAAUAAAAUUUCUCAGAGAGAAAUCCUGAAAAUUUCCUUAAGAAUAUAUCUCUUAUCAAAAAGAAACCGUCACCAUAAAGGCUAAUCUUGUGUUUCCUGGGACGCAACGAAUCCCAGUAGUGACGCAAACGAACACAGAAAUGUAAUUUUCCCGAGCCUAUAUACCCAACCAUAAGCGAAGCAAAAGUGAGGAAGAGGAGAAGAAGAAGAAGAAGGGCAGUGUAAAAGUGAUGGUGUGGAUAAAAGUGACCGGCGCUUUGGCUGAUGCUACAGUUUCUCAUCGAGUUCGACGCAAGUUACAUUGAUUAGAACGAUCGGUCUUUCAAAGUUCUACGUUAACGAGUUAUUUAAUUGGAUUUUAUCAUGAACAUCGACGAGUUUCAAGUACGCGGCAAGGAGAUGGUGGAGUAUAUAUCCGAGUAUUUACGUACUUUAGAAGGUAAAAGAGUGACUGCAAAUGUGGAUCCAGGAUACCUGCGACCCCUCUUACCAAACGAAGCACCAGCAAAACCCGAAUCAUGGGAUGCUAUUAUGAAAGAUAUCGAUGGAAAAAUAAUGCCUGGAAUCACACAUUGGCAACAUCCAAGAUUUCAUGCUUAUUUUCCGUCAGGCAAUUCCUUCCCAUCGAUCUUAGCAGACAUGUUAUCAGAUGCAAUAGGUUGCAUUGGUUUUUCUUGGGCUGCUAGUCCUGCUUGUACAGAAUUGGAAACUAUUGUUUUAGAUUGGUAUGCAAAAGCUAUUGACCUACCAAGAGAAUUUCUAUCCGAAGAGAAGACUUCUAAAGGUGGUGGAGUUAUUCAAGGUUCUGCAUCAGAGUGCAUUUUAGUGACAAUGCUAGCAGCACGAACUCAAGCUAUCAGAUUAUUGAAGGAACAGGAACCAGAUACCGAAGAUUCUGCUUUCUUGCCAAGAUUAGUUGCUUAUUGCUCAACUGAAGCUCAUUCAUGCGUUGAGAAGGCAGCAAUGAUCAGUUUGGUUAAAUUAAGAGUACUCCAGCCGGAUGAUAAAGCUUCUCUUCGUGGUAAAAGACUAGAAUCAGCGAUUAAAGAAGAUGUGGCUAAUGGUUUGGUACCCUUCUUUGUAUCCACAACAUUAGGUACAACUGGAUCAUGUUCUUUUGAUAAUCUCGUUGAAAUUGGACCGGUUUGUAAGCUCUAUCCUAGUAUUUGGUUACACGUGGAUGGUGCUUACGCCGGUAAUUCAUUUAUCUGUCCAGAAAUGAGACCUUUCAUGGCUGGAAUCGAACAUGCCGAUUCCUUCAAUACAAAUCCUAAUAAAUGGUUAUUGGUUAGCUUUGAUUGUUCCUGUUUAUGGGUACGAGAUAGAGUUAAAUUAACUUCUGCUUUGGUCGUGGAUCCUCUUUAUCUUCAACAUGCUAGAUCAGGGGAAUCCAUUGAUUAUCGUCAUUGGGGUAUACCAUUGAGUAGAAGAUUCAGAGCUUUGAAACUCUGGUUUGUCAUGAGGACUUAUGGUAUCACUGGGCUACAAAAAUAUAUAAGAAAUCAUAUCAGAUUAGCAAGAAGAUUCGAAGCUCUAAUGAAGAAAGAUAGAAGAUUUGAAAUUGUGAAUGAUGUACGUGCUGGUCUGGUGUGUUUUCGUUUGAAAGAAUCUGAUGAAAUUAAUCAGGAACUCUUGGCGAAUAUCAAUGCAUCUGGAAGAUUACAUAUGAUUCCUGCUAGAGUAAUGAGUAAGUAUACCUUGAGAUUUUGUGUCACAAGAGAGAGUGCAACAGAAGAAGACAUUGACUAUGCCAUUGAAGUUAUUGAAGAACAUGCAACAGAAGUCUUAUUGGCACACUAUCAAGGUACAGAAGAUGAAUUCAGAGCUAAAGGUCCUAAGAGUCCUGCUGCGUUGGAUAAGAAACUUGUACGAAAAUUCAGUUUCACCAGAAGUGUCACCAGAGAUGUUUACAAAAGAUCUAAAUCUAAAUCAAGUCUUCAUGAUGGUGCAACACCUAUCAUGGUUGUCGAUGAUCAAGCACAAGAAGUUGAUACCAUUGAAGAAGAUGUCUUCUGUAAUAGCAGGUAGACCGCACCAGAGCUCACGGUUCCUAAGAAAAGAGAUCAAUUGUUAUCCUUACCGUGAGCUUUUAAUAAUUUUCGAGAGCUAAAAUAUCAGGAAUAUGAGAUAUAAAAAGUGUGUCCUAGAAAUUUUCAACGAUUAAGAUUAGACUGAUAUGUUUAUGAUCAAAAUCUAAUAAGAGUAUUGAAAAAUGUAAACAUAUGAGUGUUCGAAUAUCAAUUUUCUUAUAUAAGGAAUAAAUUAAACUUGAUAUUUCUUCGUAAAUUUAAAUAAAAACAGAAAAAAAAGAAACAGUUACAUAUUUAAUGCGAUAAUAUUCUAACAUUUGUAAUUAUGGAAUAUGCAUAUAUUGAUAAUAUCGAAUUAACAUAACCUAUCUGCUUGUAUUAUUAUAUAAUGUAUGUAUGUACAUUCUCGUAGUUUGUAUGUACGAACUUAGUUUUAAUUUCCUAUGUAAAACAAAUAGUUUAUAUUUGAAGAUUAUGGUGCCUAAAAAAAAGUCACGAAUUUAUUCCUUGUUUCGUACCUGGAACUUCUUAAAUGCACCCUAUGUAUGUAUAUGCAUAUAUAUA